AAGACCGUAGACUCAUAGUAUGUUUUCACGGGCAUCUUCGAGGGGAUCCUCAGGGUCCAUCCACCGGCUUCUUUCUGAUGUUAAAAGCCUCAGCUCUCGUCCUCCAUUCAACAAAUCGCAACCCUCCUCCUCCGUCGCUUCGUCACCAUCUUCUUCUUCUUCCUCUUCACUCAGCUCAUCGGUUGGCAGAUUUGGCUAUGGUGGUAGCCAUAACGGUAGAUCAGGCUCCGAUAAAACUUUGGAUUUGUUGCUGAGAUCCGUUUCUUCGGGGGUUCUGAUUCUCGGGACCAGUCUAGGGUUUUCGUAUUGGUCUUCUUCUUCUCUGGAUCCAAAUUCCUACGUUUCUUACGCUGAUAAUUGUCCCAAGGAGGCGGCAUUUGCAAUCGGCGAAGAUACAAACAAAACUCAGUUUUCCCUCUUUGAUGUUUCAUAUAGGAGAAGAAAAUUCUUUACGUAUGAAAAGCGGCUCCGAGAUCAAAGUCCUCCGGAGAAGCUAUUCGACUACUUUGCAUCGGUUAAAAGCCCCAACGGAGAGGCGUUUAUGACGCCGGCAGAUUUGAUGAGAGCGAUGGUUCCUGUAUUUCCUCCCUCAGAAUCAACCCACGUUAGAGUGGGGUCUCUGAGAGGGGAGAAGGUUCCCGGCGAGCAGCAGUGCGCUCCUUCCAAAUUCUUUAUGCUUUUCGACACUGAUGGCGAUGGCCUGAUUUCCUUUCCGGAGUUCAUCUUCUUCGUCAACCUCCUCAGCAUCCCUGAAUCGAGCUUUACAAUUGCGUUUAAAAUGUUUGAUCUCGACAACAGCGGAGACAUUGAUAAGCUGGAGUUUAUUAAAGUCAUGUCCUUGAUGCGAUCUCAAAGCAAACAAAACACGGAUAGCCACAGGCUCAAGGUUUCUGUCGAAGAUGGAGGCCUACUCGAGUACUUCUUCGGCAAAGACGGCAAAAAAAAUCUAAAACUUGAAAGAUUUGUUCAGUUUUUCCGGGAUUUACACGAAGAAAUUUUGCGAUUGGAGUUUGCUCACUACGACUUCGGAGCUAAAGGAACCAUAUUGGCUAAAGACUUCGCGUUCUCCUUGGUUGCAUCUGCUGAUAGCAGUGACAUAAACAAGUUGCUUGAUCGGGUGGACGAAAUUGAUAACGACACACGUCUUAAGAACGUAAGAAUCACAUACAAGGAAUUCAAAGAUUUUGCGGAGCUCCGUAAGAACUUGCAGUCCUUCUCUCUGGCCCUUUUCAGUUACGGAGAAGUUAACGGGGUGUUGACGAAAAGUGAUCUCCAGAGAGCUGCUUCCCAAGUAUGUGGCAUCUCUGUUUCUACCAAUGUGCUUGACAUAAUAUUCCAUGUAUUCGAUGCAAAUGGUGAUGGAGAUUUAAGCGCAAAUGAGUUCGUAAGAGUUUUACAAAGACGGGGAGGCGAAACCCAAGAGACAGGCAUAAGGGGACUCCUAUCUUGCUGGUUUAACUGUGCCAGUAAAGCUUUUGGUCAGAACAACUGCAGCUCUGGUUUCUAAGAUCAUACAUGGAUUACCUUCAACUCACGCAACUAAAUGUUGUUUACGGCUCUAAUCUAGGGUUGGAGCCGAAAAAAUGUAAUUAGCAAAUCUGGCUGGGUUUGUGAUUGAAGGAUUAUACAUCACAGCAGGCUGAUCUUACCAAUUUUUGUAACCCUACAUAACCAGUACCGCUUCAAACUAAUA